AUGGUCUUAGAAGGAAAGACAAUAUUCCACAAGCUAUGGUACUUUGUGACAACGUAUAUUUUAACUCUGAAGAGAUUCGACCUGUUCCUGCAAGGAACGCUCUUGAUAGUCAUACUCCUGGAGACGAACGUCUACCUACUUCUGGACAGAGAUGCUAAUGAAGGGUACCUGCCUAAAUUAGUUGGAGAGUGGGUGAGACUCGGCGCGGCAGGUAUAGAAGUCGUGUUGGGGGCUGCAGUAGCGUGGUUUGGCAAAGAUCGAAGGCAAUUGGCUCUGUCUGGAUGGCUCGCAGCCACCUCUGUCAGCGGACUGCUGGUUUUCGCUUUCCCCUUUGCCGUGUCUAAUCCACCAAAUGUUGAACUGUGCGGUGGUACCGAAAUUUCACUGUAUAACGAAACCCCAGCUUACGAUAGCAACAUCACUGGUAGAACAGCGUUCCUGGUCAUCACCAUGCUUCUCUGUGCUCUCAGCAAGGUGAGCAUCUGGGCCCACGGAAUCACCUACCUCGAUGACCACGACCCACAGAAUGGAGCUUACUUUUAUGGAAUACUGAUAUCCAUCCGCCUGUCCCUGGGUUUGAGUGGCUUUAACUGGCUUCGUCCAAGUUCCACGCGCGAGGACUGGUGGGAGGCCCACCUCUGCCUCUGCAUGCUGACCUUCAUGUUCUCUGUUCUCUUCACGCUCUUCCCGAGAAGAAUGAAGAGUUGUGUGCAGGAAGAAGAAUUCGGUGUCGAUACUGGUUUUUGCGCAUCACUAGGGCGCAUCGUUCGCAACAAGGUUUUAAUCGUGCAAACACUGGGCUUUUCAUUCCUGAGCGCCGCUGUCUUCUGUUACGUGUUAUACGACAGAGCUUACGUCUCGGCUAGGUUCCACAUAGAGACAAUAAGACAAGACCCCCGGAGUUCUCGUACUCUGUCAGACAUCUUCCGUUCUCUGGUCAUCAUCUUCUUCGUUAUGAUAUUCCGGGUCCGCUUCUCAGCUCGCCGUAGCGAUGGUGUCAAAACAAACACGGCUUCCCGCGUAGGCGGUGUUACUGCCAUAUUUGUUGCCAUUUUCUUUACUGUUAUGGCGAGUAUAUCCUGUAACACGGGGUCCAUAGUGGGGGCUACGGGAGAUGGAUUUGAGCAGCCGAUAUGCAGUCAACAAUGCGGAUGUAACUCGGAGAGGUAUGGGUUCAGUCCUGUCUGCGCUGUAGACAUCGACGCAACAUUCUUCUCCCCCUGCAACGCUGGCUGUGCAGAAGCCGAGGAUCUCAAUGGGAUCCUCCUACUCCAGAACUGCACGUGCAGCACCGAGACGCUGCGCGCUGUGCGCGGCGCGUGCUCGCUGCUGUCGUGCCGCACAGCCUUCGGAGCCUACCAGGUGAUCUACACUGUCAUGUUGGCUGUAUCUGGAGCAAGUUUCAUGAUGUUCGGAAUGGCGAUACUCCGAGCGGUUCGCCCAGCCGACAAGGCGAUCGCAGUGGGCACUACAUACGCUGUAGUGGCACUAUUAGCGUUUGUGCUCGGGAAUUUGCUCUACAUGGCUAUUAGUUACUUAACGUGUGUGUAUCCGGACGAGGGAGCGUGUCUAUUACACCACCCGUCGUUGUGGAGCGCAAGCGCUACCAGCGCAUUGUUAGCUCUUUUAGCUGCCAUAACCAGCAUAAUUGCAAGCAAAAUACCGGGGCCGCCGAAAGAACGGAGCACAGAAUUUUGA